UCCAAACGAACACCAGAGGAGCCAGUUGAUGAUUCGUCUGCUACAACAGAUUUUCCCUCCACAGGAAAUUGGUAAAAGUCGUGAAACUUUCGUCUCCCGUUGAUCUUUUUGAAUUGGCCGUCGUGAGCUGUUCCAAGGUCUUGACGCAUCUUGACGGCAACGUGUUCGGGCAGCACAGACAACAGCAAUUGCUCCUUUUCGUCGACAUUGUACGUACGGGAGGAAGAUUCAUCCAGUCGCCACUCCUUUGGCCUUUCACACAGCACGCGGUUGACUGGGAAUAUAACAGCAGGCACUUUUGGUCGUGUCAAGAAUGUCGUCGUUGAAGCGGAUGAGACCGACAGGAGGAGGGGAGCAGCAGCAGCAGCAGGAGGAGGAGGAGGGCGGUCAAAGUGAAUUGUCGGAUCCGAGUUCCUCGACAGGAGCGGCGAAUUUCCCGUCGUCGUUGGCCACUCCUUUCACCACCACCAGCAGCGUCCGUCCCAGUGGAAGGACGACAAAUAACGACCAGUCGUCUCGUUUCGAUAAUCUCUCCCGUCCGUCUUCAUCCAUCCAACAAGAAGGAGGACGGUCGAGGGCAACAGCAGCAGCGUCCAAAUGGAGUGAUGGGGUUGUCGGUGGUGGUGGUGGUUCUCGGCCGUCGUCCGCCGUUGGCCCCACCAAGACUUCCAGCAGCGUCUUCAACUUGCUUUUCACUCCGGGCAGCAGCAGGUCGACGGCCACUGACAGUCGUGUCGACACAAGUCAAGGAGCCUUUGCCUUGCCCAGCGGACGGGCACCCCGGAGCUCCUCUCGCUCUUCGCUUGCACCAACGCCGGCCGCUACAAAUUUAUUCGCCGCUUUGACAAACGAAACACCCAGACUGCCGGCCGCUCCUUACUUCUCACCUCUUCCGGCGACCCGUCAGCAGUCCCCACAGCAGUCCCCACAGCUGUUUGGCAAAUCACCCUACGCCAACAGUUUACCAUCACCACCGACACCGUCAGCAGCGACUCCCGGUGCUCAGCACAGAGGGCCGCCAGUCAUCACGCCACGAUUAACAGCCGGAGGAGGUCGGUUGACUGUCGGAACUCCUUCCGUCAGCGCCACACCUAGGACUGGCCAGUCUCGCCCCCGUCGCGAUGACAACGUCAUAGUCGGAUUGGUGCACGGGCGCGGAUUCGCUCGUAAUGAAGUCGGAUUGGCCGUCAUUAACUUGACGGCCUGCGAGCUUCACUUGUGCCAGAUGACCGAUUCCCACGGCUUCGUCAAAACGCUGACUAAAAUGAAUCUAUUCCGCCCGACGGAGGUGUUGAUGCCGGACACGGCCCUGGCUCCCGGUUCUCCGUCGCCGUUGGCUCAAGCCAUCAGCCGAUUUGAUUGCGAUAUCGUCAUGACUGCCGCUAAUCGUGGAGCUUUCAACGACGCCGAAGGCAUCGAGCGCGUCCAGAAAUUGGCCGUCGUCGAUCACUUGAACAUUCUCGUUUUGAUUGAGCAAAAGUAUUACGCCCUGGCAGCUGUGGCUGCCCUAAUGGCACACCUGGAAAACAAUUUGAAUAUCAUGUUCGCUCCUGGGACGCUGAGGAUCUACUACAGCGGGACGGAUAAGACGGCCAUCAUUGAUUCGGAAACGGCCAACCGUCUGGAAGUGGUGAACAGUUUGAAUCCAACGGGCGGGCCGUCUCUACUUUCGGCGUUGAAUUCGUGCCAAACGGCGGCUGGUAAGCGGCUACUCCGCUCGAAUUUACUGGAACCCAUGACGGAUGUGGAGGCCAUCCGUCUACGUCUGGAUGCCGUCGAGGAGCUUGCGUCACGUCCUACCGACCUCCAUCAACCCAUCAAGGAGAUUCUGUCCCGUUUCGUCGAUGUUGAACGAGCCGUCAACCAGUGCGUCGUCAUGCCCAAGAAUCCUAGUCCGUCGUUCGUCGAGCAAAGGAUCAACGCCGUCGUGGCCCUCAAGCACAUCCUCUCUCUAGUGUCACCACUUGGAUCCGCCCUGGCUAAAGCCAACAGCCCAUUGAUUGUCGCCUUGGCCAAAGAGCUGUCCAGCAUUGAUGAUGAGGCGCUGCUGUCGUGCAUUCAAAACGUGUUGGACGAGCGAGUGAAACCUGUCAAAGGCAAAAUAGGCAUGCAACGCCAGCGAUUCCGCAGCGUCAAAACUGGCGUCGAUCUCAUGUUGGACGUUUGUCGGCGGACUCACAGCGAUCUCGAAACAGAGAUGGAAGAGUACGUGGAGGAGCUGUCACAAAAGUACCAAAUGCCGCUGACUUUGGCCAACACGGCACAGCGCGGCUAUCACUUGCAACAGACGCUGGGCCAGCCGAGGAAGAAGGGAGAAACCAACUACCAACCUCCGCCACCUCCGCAACUGCCGCCCGUCUUUGUCUGCAUGAAGAAACAAGGCAAUAUCAUUGCCUUUACGACGCAGCAUCUCCUGGUGUCUAACGAACGCAUCAAAUCUGUCGAGAAGGACAUUGAGAAGAUCACCAACGUGGUCAUCGAGGAUCUCCUGUCCAAGACGCGGAGCGACAUUGGAUCCCUGUACAAACUGCGUGAAAUCGUUUGCCAACUGGACGUGAUUGUUUCGUUCGCUCAAGUCAGUUCCGCCGGCGGAUUCUGUCGUCCCACAUUCAGCAACGAGCUCGUCAUCCGUUCCGGUCGCCAUCCGAUCCUGGAUCACUUUUCUCCUAGCGCCCUCGUCUCCAACGACACGGAAAUGACGGUGGAAUCCAAUUUCCAUGUCAUCACCGGAGCUAAUAUGAGUGGCAAAAGCACCUACAUCCGCCAAGUGAUGCUACUGCAAAUAAUGGCCCAGAUUGGUUGUUUUGUUCCGGCCAGCAGCGCUUCAUUCCGGAUUGCUGAUCAAAUGUUCUCCCGGCUCGGCACUCACGACCGUUUGGAAAACAACGCCUCCUCCUUCUCUCUCGAGAUGACGGAGAUGAAUUAUAUUGUCCGCAACGCCGGGCCCGGAUCUUUGGUCAUCAUCGACGAAUUGUGCAACGAGACGGCCGCCGAUCAAGGCAGUGCCAUCUGCUGGAGCAUUUGCGAGGCCCUGAUGAUGACCGAAGCUUGGGUCAUGAUUGCAACACACACGCCACUCAUCACCAAAUUGCAGGAUCUCUACUUUAACGUUACAAAUUACCACAUGGAAGUCCUAGAAGAAGAGCGCGAAGAUGGGCGAUCUAAGCUGAAUUACACUCAUGUCAUCCGACCUGGCGUCACGCAAUUGGAGAAUUACGGCAUGAAAUUGGCUUGCAUGGUCGCGUUCCCUCCCGAAAUCCUGACCAGAGCAAAGGAGCUGAUCCCGAUUCUUUCUGCCAAUUUGAAGCCGCUGCCGAAGACGACCUUUGACUUCAAGAUGAACAAGCUCAACUAUGCCCUGCACAAGAAGCUGGUGGAUAUCGGGCGCCGGAUGGAUUCUCUGCCCGACCAGACCUUCCUAAUGGAGAUGCAGCGUGUUCGCCAGGCUUACACGGACGAGCUCAACAAGAUCAUGGAAGAGCACGAAGCCGAGACCAGCGCAAACUGAUGGAAAGUCUGCCCGUCUCCGUCUCCCCCGUUGAUGUCAACUUUGUCAUUUCAUUCGUCGUGCGCUGCACCAGACGGUUCACGUUUAAAUCAUUUUCAACCCACGCCAAUUCCCUCGUUCCUCGCCCCGUUUCUUAUUAAAACUGUAACACUUGCCACCCGGAAAUUGAAUCUUUUAUUCCGUUCACUUGUAAAACGUUUCCCGGCUUUUCAAAAAAAUGUUUGACAUUUUUCGAAAGCUUUAAUAGAUAAUAUAAUCCA